UGGAAUGACUGCCGCACCUCCUACACCUGCAAGAGCAACUGGCACAAGGGCUGGAACUGGACCUCAGGGUAUAACCAGUGCCCUGUGAAAGCAGCCUGCCACCGCUUUGACUUCUACUUCCCCACACCUGCUGAUCUGUGCAAUGAAAUCUGGAGUCACUCCUUCAAAGUGAGCAACUAUGGCCGGGGCAGUGGCCGCUGCAUCCAGAUGUGGUUCGACUCCAACCAGGGCAACCCCAACGAGGAGGUGGCAAGAUUCUAUGCUGCUGAGACCAAGAAUGAUGUGCCUCCACCCCAGGGGAUUGGGUCUUUCCUGCUCGAUCUGACUCAAAUGCUGCAACUCUGGCUCCGUAGCUGAGAUGUUCCCAUUGCUGAUACCUGGACACCUUCCUUGCCUGCACCCAACCUGGGUGACCUCAGCUCAGCUUGGCUCAACUCUUUCAGAUGAGGAGGACUCAUAAUAUCCUGAUCAUUGGUUCCUGAUCCUAUGGGGAUCCUGUAACAGCCUAUACUAAUAGACAGAUCCAUGUGUGUCCUGUGUCUUA